AAAGCAGAAGGUGAAAGAAACAGUGCCUGCCUGGCUGCUACAGCUGUGGCACGAUGGGGCUGGUAACACACAGUUAAAUCCAUGGGCCAACACAGCCAGAACCCCCUCUAUGAGAUGGGUUCUGCAGGAUGUACAGAGGACAGUCCCCGAAGCAGGUAAUCAGACUGUGAUAAACUGGCUGAUGGCAGUGGCUUGCCUAGCACUGGAGAAUCCAGACCUGUGGAGUGAGUCACUACCUAGACUUGGUAACUGUGCUACAUGAGUUGGACGUGCAGCAAAUUAGGUUUGCGCUGCAGUCUCACAGCCCAGAUGAGAAACUGCUGAUUGCACACAAGAACACGAUCCCAGUGAUCACUGCGUCAGUGUCAGCCCUUCUAGCCCCCUUUGCAGAUUGCGUGAUCCACGAUGCUUUGGAUAUCUUGGCCCAGCUGGGAGACAUGGAAGUGAAGCACCAAAGUAAGAUUUGAAAGCUGCCUUGCAUAGUCUGAAGGAAGCUUUACUGGCAUGGGGAUGGACCAGGAACAAAGACAAGGUCCAGGGACCUGGCUUGUCUGUCAAAUUCUUGGAUGUCAUAUGGCUGGGUCAGUUUAGUGGAAAGACAGACACAAAAACAGUAGAUCGGCACCCUAGAAAUGUCGAAGAUAUUACCACACCUGCACAGAAGCCCGGCUACGCAAGAUCGCCCUUACACUGGAAAGUAAGGAACUGCGCGGGGAGCGACCCAAGGCCCGACUUCCGGAGGUACAGUAAUUCAAGAGGUGGAAAACUUGUAAAGAAACAUGCCUAUUGGGUCCAAGGAGAGACCAACUUUUUUUGAAAUUUUUAAGAGGCGAUGCGACAAAGCAGAUUUAGGACCUAUAAGUCUUAAUUGGUUUGAAGAACUUUCUUCAGAGGCUCCACCCUUUAACUCUGAACCUGCAGAAGAAUCUGAAUAUAAAGUCAACACUUAUGAGCCCAAUCCAUUUAAAACACCACAAAGAAAACCCUGUUAUCAAUUAGCUUCAACUCCAAUAAUAUUCAAAGAGCAAGGCCAAACUCUACCACUAUACCAGUCUCCUUUAAAUGAAUUAGGAACGGAUAUUGCCGAUACUGAACUUAAAAAUUGUCACACAGUAAAGGCUAACGUGGACCGAAUAAGUGAUGUUACCAGUCCACCUCUGAAUUCUUGUUUCAGUGAAAGUCCUCUUGUUCUACGAUGUACACAGAAAACACCACAAAGAAAAAUGCCAGUUAUAUGUGGGAGUUUAUUUCAUACACCCCGGCUUGUGAAGGGUCAGACACCAAAACACAUUCCUGAGAGUCUCGGAGCAGAGGUGGAUCCUGAUAUGUCUUGGUCAAGUUCUUUAGCUACACCUCCAACUCUUGGCUCUACAGUGCUCCUAGUCAGAGAUGAAGUAUCUGAAACUAUAUUUCCUAAUGAUACUACUGUGAUUUUGAAGCACUCUUUGUCUAGCCAUGACGAAAAUCUGAAGAAAAAUGAUAGCUUUAUCCCUCCUGUGAUGGAAAAUGAAAACAAAAAUCAAAGAGAAGCUAGCCAUUCUGGAUUGGGGGAAGUGGUAGGAAAUUCAUUUGGCAAAACAUGUAGCAGCAAAGAUCAUUUUGGAAAGUUAAUGCCAAAUCCCCUAGAAAAUGAAGUGCAUGAAACAGUCACAGACAUUUUUGAUGAAGAUAGUUUUUCACUAUGUUUUCCUAAGUAUAGAACAGGAAAUCUACAAAAAACAAGCAAGACUAGGAAAAAAAUUUUCCAUGAAGCUAGAACUGAUGACUUCAAAGAACAAAUGAAAGAAAAUAAACAUUCAUUGACAUCUGAAAUGGAACCAAAUGAUGGUGAUCCUUUAGAUUCAGAUGUAGCAAGUCAGAAGCCUCUUGGCCCUGAAAGUGACAGAAUCUCCAAGGAAGCCGCACCAUCUUCAUCCUGUGAGUGGUCCCAGCUAACAUUCCCAGGUCCAAAUGCAACCCAGAGGAAGGAAAUGCCUGUACUGCCUGUCUCUUCUUAUGACCAAGAUAAUUCUGGAAAAGACUCAAUAGAGAGUGAAAAAGAAAGUUCAAACCAUAAUACUUCAGAAAAUUCUUUGCCACAUACUUCUAGCCUAUCAGAAAAGAUAUCAAAUGGGGAAAAACCUGUAGAUGAGAGAGAUGGAAGGCAGCAUCCUGAAUCUCAUGAAGACUCCAUUCGUGCAGUGAAAGGGACAGUGUCUUGGACUUCUCCGGUAUCUCCUCUAUUUCAGGGUGCCAAAAGGCCUAUAUUCAAGAUAGGAGAACCAUCUGAAGACACUUUCAAUACAGUUCUCUCAGACAUUGUGAUGAAGCCAAACUUUAAAGAAACUGAAACCUCUAAAAGUGGGUUGGAAAUGUAUACUGAUUGUUCACAGAAAGAGGAUUCUUUAUGUCUAAGUUCAGUUGAUAACAGAAGUUUGCCAGCUGCUAUCCCACAUUCUUCUGUAACUUUGAAGAAUACAGGUUUAAUAUCAUCUUUGAAAAAGAAGACAAAAAAGUUUAUUUAUGCUAUAAAUGAUAAGGCAUGCUAUCAAAGGGAAAACUUGCAGGAAAACCAAAAAACAGAACUAACUAGCCAUUCAGCCCAGUUUGAAGCAGACACUUUCAAAGCAUCACUUACGUUUACAAAUGCUGAUGCAGGUUUAUCACAUUCUUCUGUCAAAAGAAACUGUUUUCAGAAUGAUCCUAAAGAGUCAACCUUUUUGACCAACUCUUCUGGAACAAGUCCGAGGAAACAUUCCAAUAAUGAAAGUAGUUAUGCUAAUAAAAUAAUAUCUCAGGACCUUAAUUAUAAUGAAACAAAACUUAAUAAGGAAAAAUCACAGUCACUUACAUCCCCAGAAACUGAUUUUCUGUCAUGCCUGCAGAAAAGACGGUGGGAUGAUGAUCCAAAAAGCCAGAAAGUUUCAGAUAUAAAAGAAAAUGUCUUGGUUGUAACAUGUCAGCCUGAAGCGCGGCAUUCAGAAGCAGAACAUAGUGGUAUUCUGUUUCAAUCACAGAAAAGCUUUUUUGAUGGCCAUGAUAAUACCAGCCCUCUUACAUUAACUCCUAGUUCCAAGGAUCCUCUUUUAAAUCCAGUUAUGAUUUCUAAAGGAAAAAAAUCAUACAAAAUAUCAGAGAAACUAAAACGUGAGAAUUGUGAAACUGGUAUUGAGUUAGCCCAAAAUAUUUCUAUUGAAAACAAUCAAGAAAUAUGUGUUUUAAAUUUAAAUUCUAAAAAAACUGAGCUAUUGCCACCUGAAAAAUAUGUAUCAGCAGCAUCACCUUCGGUGACGAUGCCGUUCAGCCAUAAUACAAAUCUAACAGCAACCCAAGAAGACCAGGAAGAAACUUCGUUAAUUUCAGAAAUGCCUGGUAAUCCAAACUCUGAAGAACUUUUCGCAGGCAAUAAAAAUAAUUUUGUUUUCCAAAUAACUGAUGAAAGUAGUCCUGUUUUAGGAAAGACUAAGGAGGUUCAUGGAUCUGACUGCAGUUUUAUGAAAGAGUCCAUUCUCCAGAACUCUGCCAUGGUAGUAGAUACAGACAUAGAUGACAAACAAGUGGUCCAAAUGCCAAUUACUGAAGACUUUGGCCCAUCAAAUACAAUACAUGAUCUUAAAGAGAACAGAACUGAUGUAAAGCAGCAUCUAGCUUCAGGUCAAGACUUGAAAUCAGAUCUCUCCUUGGAUAGGAAGCCAAACAGGAAUGAUUACACACACAAAAUGACAGUGAUCUUAGGUCCAGUUUCGAGUCACAGUUUUGGAGGUGGCUUCAGAACAGCUUCCAAUAAAGAAAUAAAAGUCUCCCAACAUUAUAUUAAAAAAGGCAAAAUGCUCUUCAAAGAUAUUGAAGAACAGUAUCCUACUAGUUCAGCUCCUGUUGAAAUUGUAAAUGCCUUAUUAAAUAACGAAAAGAAAUUAAAUAAACCUCAUGCAUUUGAUUUACAGUCAGUUAAUACUGUGUCUACAUAUGUCCAGAGAAGUGCCUCUAUUUCUGAUCAUGAAAACCACACAGCCUCCCAGAGGUUAUCAGUAAAGCAAGAUUUUAAUUCAAACCUUAAUUUAACACCUAGCCAAAAGGCAGAAAUUACAGAACUUUCUUCUAUAUUAGAAGAAUCAGGAAGUCAGUUUGAAUUUACACAGUUGAGAAAACCAAACCACUUGAUAAAAAGUAACACACUCCAAGUGCCUGGAAACCAGAUGACUGCCUUAAGUACCACUUCUAAGGAAUCGAAAGAUGUUAAUCUUCAAGCCAUAAUUGAUGCCUCAUCUAUCUGUCAGGUGGGUAGCAGCAAAAAGUUUGGAGGAGCAGCUGGAGAAAAACAGAAAUCUGCUUGUUUAUUAAAAAACAAUCCUAACAAAAGUGCUGCUGGUUUUUUAACAAAUGAAAAUGAAGUAGCGUAUAGAGGUUUUUAUUCUGGUCUUGGUACAAAGAAACUGAGUGUUUCUAGUGAAGCUCCCCAAAAACCCUUGAAACUGUUCAGUGACAUUGAGAAUAUUAGUGAAGAGACUUCUGACAAAGUAGAUCCAAGUUUCUCUGCAAGUAAAUGUUAUGAUUCUGUUGCUUCAGUGUUUAAGAUAGAAAAUCAUAACAACAAUAAAAAUGUAAAUGUGAAAAACAGUUGCCAGGCAGUAUUACAAAGUAAUGCUGAAAUGACUACUGGCAAUUUUGCUGAAGAAAAUACUGAAAAUUGCAUGAGAAAUUCAGAAAAUGAAGAUAAUAAAUAUAUUGGUACCAGUACCAAUAACUGUAAAUUGGGAAAACCUGGAGGCACAGAUUCAAGUAAAAAUGAUACAGGUUAUAUUCAGAAAGAUAAUGAUUUGCCAUGUAAGGAUCAGCACAAUAUGCAUCUUAAAUUAUCUAGCCAGUUUAUGAGUGAGGUAAGCACAGAACUUAAAGAAACUUUGUCAGAUUUAACUUGUUUGGAAGUUGUAAAGGCUGAAGAAACAUGUUAUAUUAAUUCAAAUGAACAGUUAACCACAGAUGAGAUGGAACAAUAUACAAACAAUUUUGGUAUAUCCUUUCAGACUGCAAGUGGAAAAAAUAUCAGUGUCACCAAAGAGUCAUUAAAUAAAGCUGUAAAUCUCUUUGAUCAAGAAACAGAAGAAUGGAAUGACUUUUCAGAUUCCUUGAAUUGUAAAUUGCUUCCUGGCAUAAAGAAUAAAAUGGAUAUUUCAAGUCAUGAGGAAACAAAUGUAAUGAAAAACAAAAUAUUGGAAAAAAGUACCCCAGCUGGUACUGCAGCUCAGUUAUGUGUCUUGCAACAGCCUGAAUGUAAAAUAGAAAACGAACCUAACCUGUUGGGUUUUUAUACAGCUAGUGGGAAAAAAGUAAAUAUUGCAAAGGAAUCUUUGAACAAAGUGAAAAAUCUUUUUGAUGAAAACCGGCAAGAUGUUAGUAAAAUUACCAAAUGGGGUCACCAAGUAGCAAAGAUCCUGAGUGACAGACAGGACUGUGAAGAAAGGCUUGAAUUAGCACGUGAGACUGUUGCGAUAACAGAUAUCCCACAGUGUGAAGAAAUGCCCAGCGUAAGUGGUGGUUUACACAGACAAACCAAAAAUCUCAAAGCAUCAAAUAGUAUCUCUUUAAAAGUUAAAGUACCUGAAAAUGUGGAAAAAGGAAUAGCAAACCCUCCUACAACUUCCUGCACAGAUCAGUUCUCUUAUUCAGCUAUUAAAGAUUUGCCUGUAGCAUUUUACACAGGACAUGGUAAAAAAAUUCCUGUGAAUCCGGCUUUAUUAUUUAAGGCAACAAAGUGGCUGAAAGACCUGAAUGAUGAACAUGAAGAAGUAAAUACUGCUAAAGGUGUAUGUGUAAAGGAAUAUUCUCAGGAUUGUGUGGGAAAUCCUUCAAAUAAAAUUUGUUCAAGCAGUAACAUAACUGCAAAUGACAAAAGUCAUGUCUCUGAAAAACAAGGUUUACCUCAUUUGAGUAACAGUUGUAUGUCUGACAGCUACCAUUUUGAUAUUAGUCAUUCUGAUAAUGCAUAUGAUUCAGGAUAUCUCUCAAAAAAUCAAGUUGAUUCUGGUACUGAAUUAGUCAUGAAUGUCAAAGAUAAAAAUAACACUGACUUUUCUGAAGUAGUACCAACUAUAAAAGUAAGCACACAUCCACAAGCCAUAAAUGAAGAUGUUUGUGUUCAGCAACCUGUGACUAUCUCUUCACCAUUCAAAAGUAAAAAUCCAGCCGUUAACGUGGCUGUAUCUGAUUCAGGUAAUUAUGAGGUCGGGCCACCUGCAUUCAGUACAGCAAGUAGUAAAAUGGUCUUUGUUUCACAGGACUCAACUGAAAAACAGGUAUUUAUAGAAAACUGCAAUAAGACGAUUAACCAAAACACUGAAAGUAAAUCAGAUACUUGCCAAAGGGAAACUGUGACAGGUAGUAAGGCAUUAGAUAAUUCAGAGGAUGCUAUUUUUCCUGACUCUCCAGAUGAUGAAGAAUGUGUGCGGUCGUGUAAGAGUUUUGCUGAUACUCAAAGUGAAGAAAGCUUACAACAUAACAAAAGCAUGUCUGGGUUGGAGACCAUUUUUGAAAGACCAUCUUAUGUUAGCUUGAAAGCGCCAGAUAAAUGUAAAUUUAGUGAUACAGAGAAGCUUCCCAAGACAAUGUCUUCUAAUAUUUAUGGAAUUUUUAGCACGGCAAGUGGAAAAUCUGUACAAGUAUCAAAUGGUUCAUUACAAAAGGCAAAACAGAUGUUUUCUAAAACAGAAGAUAGUGCCAAGCAGCUGUUUUCCAAAGUAUUUAAAAGCAGUGAACAUUCAGACCAAUUCACAAAAGAAGAAAUUACUGUAAUGCGCACCCCCUCAAAAGUACCAUCACCUCCGAAAAACUUUCACCAUAGUGCACGUUCAACUGCUUUCUCUGGAUUUAGCACAGCAAGUGGAAAACAAGUGUCAGUUUCAGAAAGUGCCUUACACAAAGUUAAGGGAAUGUUAGAAGAAUUUGAUUUAAUACAAACUGCUUAUACUCUUGGGCACUCGACUUCAUCUAGACAAGAUGUAUCGAAAAUACCUCUUUGUAUUGAUGAGAGUACCCCUCAACACUCCAUAGACUUUAAAAUGCAAAAAAACUGCAAUAAUGAAUACAAAGUAUCAAGUAACUAUAACACUGAAAGCAGUUCAUCAGAAGGGAAUCACUCUGUUACACUUUCUCCUUGUCUCUCUCAGUUUAAGCAAGACAAACAGCACUUGGUGUUAGGAACCAGAGGAUCGCUUUUUGAGAAUGCUCAUAUUUUGAGGGAAGAACAGGCUUUCCCCCAAAAUUCAAUGGAAAUUAGUAAAACUGAAACUUUUUCUAACGACUCUGUGCGAACAAGUGCAGAAGUAUGUUCUCCUAAUCCCGAAGAACCAGAAACCUAUUUUGAAACAGAAGCAGUGGAGAUUGCCAAAGCUUUCAUGGAAGAUGAUGAGCUGACUGAUUCUGAACCACCAGGUCAUCCUGGACACUCACUUUCUACCUGCCAGAAAAAAGAGGGAGUUUUGUUAAAUUCAAGAGCUGGAAAAAGAAGAGGAGGUGCCCUUGUUUCGGUUGGAGAAUCCCAAAUCAAAAGAAGCUUGUUAAAUGAAUUUGACAGGAUAAAAGAAAAUGAAGAAAAAUCUUUAAAAGCUUCCAAAUGCACUCCAGAUGGUACAGUGAAAGAUAGAAAGCGGUUUACACAUCACAUUUCUUUAGAGCCUGUUACCUGUGGACCAUCUUGCACAACGAGCAACCGGCAAGAAAUCCAGAAUCUAAAUUGUACUGCACCUGAUCAAGAAUUUCUGUCUACAUCUCAUCUUUAUGAACAUUUGACUUUGGAAAAGUCUUCAACCAGUUUACCAGUUUCAAGACAGCCGUUUUACAAAGUUCCUGCUGUACGAAGUGAAAACACGAGAUACUCGACUACCGCCAGCAAACCAGUCAAAGUGUUUGUCCCACCUUUCAAAACCAAGUCACAUUUUCACAGAGAUGAGUGUUUCGUGAGCAGGGAUAUUAAUUUAGAGGAAAACAAGCAGAAACAACAAAAUAUAGAUGACUGUGGCUCUGACGAUAGUGAAAAUAAUGUCGAUGGCAGUGAGAUUCAUCAGUUUAACAAAAACUGCUCCAAUCAAGGAACAGUCAAAAUUUUCCCGAAGUGUAAAGAAGAACCUUUAGACUUAAUGACAAGCCUUCAGAAUGCCAGGAAAAUACAGGAUAUUCGAAUUAAAGAGAAAGAAAAGCAGCAUAUCUUUCCACAGCCAGGAAGUCUGUAUCUUGCAAAAACAUCCAGUUUGCCUCGAAUCUCUCUGAAAGCAGCAGUAGGAGGUCGAGUUCCCUCUGCAUGUUCUCAUAAACAGCUCUAUAUGUAUGGUGUAUCUAUACAUUGCAUGAAAAUCAACAGCAAAAACGCAGAAUCUUUUAAGUUUCACAUUCAGGAUUACUUUGGUAAGGAAGAUUUACAGGCUGGAAAGGGAAUACAGGUGGCUGAUGGUGGAUGGCUUAUACCUGACAAUGAUGGAAAGGCUGGAAAAGAAGAAUUUUAUAGGGCUCUGUGUGACACUCCAGGUGUGGAUCCAAAGCUUAUUUCUAGAGUUUGGGUCUGUAACCACUACAGAUGGAUUAUAUGGAAACUGGCGGCGAUGGAAGUUGCUUUUCCUCAGGAAUUUGCUAGCAGAUGCCUGAAUCCAGAAAGGGUCCUUCUUCAGCUAAAAUACAGAUAUGAUGUGGAAAUUGAUAGAAGCAGAAGGUCAGCUAUAAAAAAGAUCCUGGAAAGGGACGAUAUAGCUGCAAAAACACUUGUCCUCUGUGUCUCUGACAUUGUUUCAUCCAACACAAAUACGUCUGAAGGCUCUGGCGAUAAAGCCAGUGCAGACAUCAAGAAAGCGGCCGUCGUGGAACUUACAGACGGGUGGUACGCCGUCAGGGCCCAGCUGGACCCGCCUCUCACCACCCUCCUGAAGAGCGGGAGGCUGGCCGUGGGUCAGAAGGUCGUCACCCACGGAGCAGAACUGGUGGGCUCUCCUGAUGCCUGCGCACCUCUUGAAGCCCCAGAGUCUCUUAUGUUAAAGAUCUCAGCCAACAGCACGCGGCCCGCUCGCUGGGACGCCAGGCUGGGGUUCCUUCCCGACCCUCGGCCCUUCCCGCUGUGCCUGUCGUCGCUCUUCAGUGACGGGGGAGCCGUGGGCUGUGCGGACGUCGUGGUUCAGAGAGUGUACCCCGUGCAGUGGGUGGAGAAGACGUCAUCCGGAUUGUACAUAUUUCGCAAUGAAAGAGAAGAAGAAAAGGAAGCAGCAAAACAUGCAGAGGCCCAGCAGAAGAAGCUGGAAGCCUUAUUCAGUAGAAUUCAAGCACAGUUUGAAGAACGUGAAGCAAACCCAGCAAAGCGGUGUACAUCAUCACAUGCACUAACAAGACAGCAGGUCCGUGCUCUGCAGGAUGGUGCAGAGCUGUAUGAAGCCGUGAGGAGUGCGCCAGAGCCGGGGUACCUGGAGGGUUGCUUCAGUGAAGAGCAGCUGAGAGCGCUGAACAAGCACAGGCAGAUGCUGGACGCUAAGAGACAGGCGCAGAUGCAGCUGGAGUUCCGGAAAGCCGUGGAGCACGCCGAGCAGGGGGAGCGUGGUCUCGCAAGGGAUGUCGCGGCCCUGUGGAGGCUGCGUGUUGUAAGCCAUGAGAGAAAGGAAGACUGUUCAGUUAUAUUGAGUAUUUGGCGACCGUCAUCAGAUUUACAUUCACUCUUAACCGAGGGGAAGAGAUACAGAAUCUAUCAUCUUGCAGCAUCAAAAUCUAAAAGCAAAUCAGAAAGAGCCAACAUCCAGUUAACAGCAACAAAAAAAACUCAGUACCAACAACUAACGGCAUCAGAUGAAAUCUUACUCCAGGCUUAUCGCCCCAGGCAGGCCCUUUGCUUCAGCAGACUGUUAGAGCCGGACUUUCAGCCACCUUACUCUGAAGUGGACCUCAUAGGAUUUGUUGUUUCUGUUGUGAAAAAAAUAGGCCUUGCUCCUCUGGUCUAUCUGACAGAUGAAUGCUAUAAUUUUCUGGCAGUAAAAUUUUGGAUAGAUCUUAAUGAAGAUAUUAUUAGACCCCACAUGUUAGUUGCUGCAAGCAACCUCCAAUGGCGACCAGAAUCCAACUCUGGAAUUCCUACUUUAUUUGCUGGAGAUUUUUCUGUGUUUUCUGCCAGUCCAAAAGAGGGCCACUUCCAAGAGAGGUUCAACAAAAUGAAAACUGUUGUCGAGAACGUUGACACGUUUUGCAAUGAUGCAGCAGAGAAGCUGACACAUUUCCUCGGUGUAAGUGAUCCCAAGAGGGCCCCCCCAUCGACAGACUGUACAUCAGAGCUGCACACUGCUCAGACAGGCCUUGGUACCCGAAAUAAGUGCCUGAUGUCUUCUCCGAGUGAUGAGAUAAAUUAUCAGAGCGCUUUGUCACUUUGUUGCCCAAAAGGGAAGUCUGUGUCCACACCCAUAGCAGCCCAAAUAACUUCAAAGUCUUGUGCAGAGCAGAAAGCAGUGAAUGACCCAAAAAACUCCAAAAAGAGAAGAGCCCUGGAUUUCCUGAGUCGAGUGCCUUUACCGCCGCCCGUGAGUCCCAUUUGCACAUUUGUUUCCCCAGCUACCCAGAAGGCCUUUCAGCCACCACGGAUUUGUGAUACUAAGUAUGAAACACCUAUAAAAAAAAAGGAGUUGGAUUUUCCUCAGAUGACUCCCCUUAAAAAAGCCAGUGCAGUUUCUCUUUUGGAAAGCAAUUCAAUAGCUGAUGAAGAACUUGCAAUGAUAAACACCCAAGCCCUCUUGUCUGGUUCUGCAGGAGAAAAUCAGCUUCCAUCCGCCAGGGAAUCCAGGAGGACUGCUCCUUCCAGUUCAGGAGAUUAUCUUGGACAGAAAGGUCAUUGUGCUGUGCCUCUGGUCACAGGACAAGAGAAUUCCCAAGCCAGCACAGGAGAAUGCAAGAGCAACUUGCAGGACACAAGUAGGAUAAAGAAUUUAUCCAAGAGAUUACAAAGACGACAAAAACAUAAGUGACAAUAGUUACUGAGUCUUAACCUUUCCAGUUUCUGGUACAGUUUUAAACUGCCUAUCAGUAUUUGCUUAACAAGAAAAGCCAUGACUAAUAGUUUCACAGUUGCCCAUUUGCAUAUCACAAAUGUUCUUGCUCAGUUCUGUUUUUAACUGUAUGUCUUAAGACUGUACAUUUAUAAACUAAUCAGAAAAACUCAUUUAAAUCUUUCAUUGGGUUUGAUCACAAAUAUUAUUUUACAAAGAAAUGUACCCAUUUAGAGCACAUCAUUACUAAUUGAAAAAAGUUUUUAGUAAUUUUGACGCAGAUAAUUCCUUUCAGUCUAGUUCCUAUUUUAGGAGUAUUUUAGAGGUAACUUCCUAUGAAAAUUUUCCUUAGCACAUCCAUUGGUUUCUACUAUCGUUCCAUCCUGUUCAAAAGUCGGGAUAAAUAUAUUAUAGUGGGUUUUCUUCUCACUAAUUCUUUAUCCUUAAACCAGCAUGAUACAAGAAAAAGAGAACCCUCCAAGUAACUACUUUGUAUGAUCCCAAUAUGAUCUCUGAAGUUAAAUUACUUCAAUCUAAAUUCAAAUUCUUAAGUCAGAAGCAGAUUUUAAAUCUAAUUUUUUAAAGCAAAGCGGUCAUCAUCAUGGAACUUCAUAAACUGGCUUUCAAAUUGGUGCUGAUUUACCUGCUUUGUCUUUAGCAGUAUGAUAGGACCUAGAAUGUACUGCCUGGUAAACCCACCAUCAAAUCAAAAGUAACAAGUAACAUUUGUUACUUCCUUAUAUAUGAAAUAAAGAGAUAAAGUUCUAACCAAGAGCUACAUAAUGGCAUGAGGAAGCUCUUAAACCAGGUGUUUUAAUAUAUCUUAAAACCUGUGUAUAAUACCAUGUAUUCAAAUCUAAUUACAGACACAUUUCAAGUCAGGAAUAAGUUCUUUUUGGUUUGGUUUGGUUUGGUUUGGUUUGGUUGAGACAGAGUCGCACUGUAGUUCAGGCUGGCCUUGAACUUGCAGCUAUCCUCCUGCCUUAGCCUCCUGAGUGCUGGGAUUACAGUCAUAUACCAACAGGCCCAGCUAGAAGGACAAAUCCUUUUAAAAAUCAAUUUGUGGGCCGGGGGUUUAGCUCAGCAGCGUAAGCACCUGCCUGGCAAGUGUGAGGUCGUGAGUUUGAUCCUUAGUACCCAAAAAAAGUCAAUUUGUGAAGCAUGGCAUGGUAGUAUACACCUGUAAUCCCAGCACUAUGUAUGGGAGGCUGAAGCAGGAGGAUUACAAAUUUAAGCGAUUCGUUGAGACCUUUUCUCAGUAUAAAAAGGGUAGGGGACAGCUCCAUGCAAAGGCCUUGGGUUCAGUUCCCAGUACCAAUUUUUAAAAAAUACUAACUUGUGGGCUGGCAGUAUACCAUCCCCAGCACCAUAAAAAAAGUUUCCUCCUUUCUUAACUGAUCCAUAACUUAUCUCACUUCCAAAAAACAUUAAUGUAAUAGUACACUCUGAGAUUAAGUGUUCUGAUAGUCUUACUCCAACUUAAGUUUUGUUCAUAAAACAAUAUAGGGGCCAGGGAUUUAGCUCAGUGGCACAGCACCUGCCUGGCAAGUACAAGGUCCUGAGUUCAAUUCCUAGUGCCCACCCCAAAUACGUGGCCUUCACCCCCUAUUCAUUCUCAAUGUUCUACUGCAGAACGGUCGGUAAACAAGUCUCACAUGACCAGGAAAAAUUAUGUUUUCAAGGAUUUAACUUUUUGAAUUCUAGAAAUUACUGUUCUCACCUCCUGUAUUCUCAUUCUCACUCGCUUUAUGACCAUCUAUCACAAGAUAUCUAAAACACACUCCUUUUUAAUGAGUUAUAAAUAACAUCCAAGCUGUGUGAACAAAGUGUAAAGCCUGAAUAUAUAUGUGUGUUACCUCCCAGAAAUGACAACUUAGAAAGCUGUCAGAGAAUCCUGCGUGAUAGGACUAAGUGGUAAAAAGUUUGUGAUCUUAGUCAGCAUCACUUAGUGAGAGCACAUGUGCUUACAUUGCCCGUGCAGCUCCAUGAAUGAUGCAAACACUAGCAGAGUAAUGCAAGUCAGCGUUAGGUCCAAAAGACGAGCCACGGCAGUGAAAGCCAGGCUGCUUCCAAGUGGGAGAAAGUUGGUGGCAUUUAGUUAUUUCUAGGCUUCCAAAGCAAGUAUUUCAGAGGUCAUCUAGAAAAAGCAGAGACAUGAAUGGGCCAGGAGCCCACUGAAGUGUGUAAAACCUCUGGCUCUGUAGCCCAGAGCCAUUUUGUGGUGAUUACCUGGCUCAGCCCUUGUGAACCAGGCAGCCAAACCAGGGCGCUUGAAUCUGGCCCUGUGGGCUACUCCUGCAGACUUGACGGUAAUUCCCUCUACAUGUCAGGUGAUGCCGUUCUUUUUGAGCUGGUUCUGUAGUAACUAUAUUGACUACAAUACCCAGGACUACCAGGGCCUGGAAAGUGGGAGUAUUGUUAAGAGGCUUGUUAUUACAGGAUACUGUGUUCUUAAACAUACAGAAUUUUUUAACUGUAUUGGUUAGACUCAUUAAAAUGUACUGUUUUUAUGUAUAUUAGCCAAGCUCUGAGUCAAUGGAUAUACCAGUGUUUUAAAUGCUAACAAACAAAUUACAAAUACAUUGCUGGUAGUCAUCAGGAUGUUGAGUAGAUUUCCACAAUGUUAAAGGAAUGUUAAAAUAGUCUUCUGGGGUUUUUUUUUUUGUUGUUGUUGUUGUUUUGUCUUUUUCCUUUUUAUCGGUACCAGGGAUCGAACUCACGACCACCUGCUUGCAAGGCAGGUGCUUAUGCCGCUGAGCUAAAUCCCCAGCCCCUAGUCUUCUGUUUUUGUGAAGCAAGGGUCUCGCUCUGUAGCCCAGGCUGGCCUCAGAUUCACGGUGAUCCUCUUGCCUGAGUCUCCCAAGUGCUGGGAUUACAGGUGUGCACCACCAUGCAGACUAAAAAGACUUUCAAAUGUGUACAGAUGUAUAUAAGGAAAACAUCAAGUUGCUUUUGUCUUUACAUUUAAAGUUGGACUAAUAAAUAAGUUAUGAUGUACAAAAA